GUGACGGGGACGCCAAAGGGGACGAGCAGGGAGCGGGGGGACCCCCGGGCCUGGGACCAUGGCGUUCAAACCCAAGUACCACAGCCUGGAAGAGAUGAUCAAACUGGAGAAGAUGUUCCAGCAGGAGAUGGCGUUCCGGAAGUCCUGCGAGAGCUGGGAGACGAUGCGGCGGCAGAGCCUGCGGGAGUCGAGGCUGUGCGAGCGGGGAGACCUGCAGACCCUGCGAGCGCGUCGGGACGCCAUCGUCCAGGAGGUGGCGCUCGCCAACAAGCAGCUGCUGAAGGUCCGCCGGGCCGCCCUCCUCCACCAGCUGGAGACGGAGCGGCGGGAGUACCAGCGGGAGCUCAACCUGCUGGGCAAGGCUUUCUACGUGGAGCGGCUGUGAGGGCCCCCGGAGCCGCCGGCCGUUCUCCAGGACCCCUCCGGACCCGGGAAACCGCCCCCAACCCGGUCCCCUGACUCCGGCCUUCCUGCCCGCGGAACUCUCACGCCCCGUCCUUUGACGCCCCGGGCUCUCUGAUGCCCCUUGGCCCUCUGCGCCCCUAGUUCUGACACCCCCUGCUCUGCCCCCCGUUCUCUGACACCCCCCGGCUCUCUGCUCCCCCGGUUCAGACAUCCCCUGCUUCCCUGCCCCCCCGUUCUCUGAUACCCCCCGACUCUCUGCCCCCUAUUUUCUGAUAACCCCCGACUCUCUGCCCCCCCCAGUUCAGACACCCCCUGCUUCCCUGUCCCCCCAUUCUCUGACACCGCCCCGGCUCUCUCCCUCCAGGUCACCUCCCGGUUCUCUGCUCCCCCCUUUCUGACACACCCCGGUUCCCGGCCCCCCAUUCUCUAA